AUGCGUGUCACUACUACCCUCGGUUCCCUCCUCAUGGGCGCGAGCCUCUGCGCCGCUCGUGCUUGCGCCCCCCAUCCUCGGCCGACAACAACAACGUCGCUCGCCAGCGAAAUUGGCACUACAACGGCUGGAGGCGCUGCCACAACGACUAAUUCUCAAGAGACUCUAAGCGCCACUGAGUCUGCGUCAAGCAUUGAGUCAUCGGUCACCAUAGAAACAUCUUCAGCCGACUCUGCCACUACAGAACUGGAGACGACUACUUCUGGCUCAACCACCCAAGAGACUCUGAGUGUCACUGACUCAACCUCUCAAGAGACUCUCAGCGUCACUGAGUCUCAGACCACUGUUGAGACCUCUGCCACUACGACCGAUGAUAUCAGCUCUUUUACUACCAUCGUCGCAACCACGACAGCUGUCACUUCCCAAGAAACCGAGACCUCUACGACCGCCGACGAAGCCACAAGCACUACAAUCGAAGCCACUACGACGACCGCUGGCCCUCCCGUGAUUACCAACCUCGCCGAGAACGGUGGCUUCGAAAAGUCUACCGUCGAUCCUUGGGUGGUAGAAGGAACCUCUCCGAUAGUCUACACCGACCCGUUUGGCUGCGCCGAGGGCACCCAUUGUCUGCUAUUACCCGGAAACCUUGACAAUACCGCCACGGUUUGCCAGCGCGUCGCAGUCGAGGCGGGCUUUGAGUAUACUUUCAAAGCGCAGGUUCUCCAGGUCUGCAACAAGCAGUAUCAACCAGCCUCAGUUAGCUGCGAUGACAAUGUCAAUACCGCUGAACUGUCUAUUGACGGGGCAUUCGACUCUGGUGAAAAGGGUAUCGUUGGGUAUAAUUUCUUCAACGACUUUACUUUCACCUUCUCAUAUACCGGCCCAAGCAUUGAUUCUACUGAUCUCUGCAUUACCAUCACGCAGAACCAAGGCAUUAACCCUAGCUUUUACCUCGAUGCCGUUUCUUUCACGCGUGGGCAAGCUGUGCCUAUUCCUGACCCGACGGACGUAUAA